GACCCAUGAGGUGUACAGGUCCUCCACAUGAUUCACAAAUCUCUCCAGGUUAUUGGAGAAAACAGGGUGGUGGUGCAAGGAGGGACUGUUACCUUACCCUGCAAACUCAUUGACACCACGGAGGACAUCACCCAGAUUUCAUGGCAGAGGAAGACCAGAGGAAAACCUCAGAAUGACAAUUUCUUUACUAUCCUGCCCAAAAAUGGUCCACAGUUUGUCAAUGGAAAAGAUGACCGAUUUAAAUUCAUUGGGAGCAUUAAGGACAACAAUGGAACUCUCCAGAUAUCUGAUGUCACAUUGCUGGACGAAGGCGUCUACACAUGCAUCUUCACUUUGUUCCCCAGUGGAAAUCACAAGAGAGAGAUACUUCUGGACUUGAUUGUGCCUCCAGUAACAAGCAUCACAGAUUAA